AAAAUUCCUGACGUCAUCUUGAAUCAUUCACUCCUCACAUCCCACAUCUAAUUCACUGGCAAAUUCUGUAGGCUUUACCUUUAAAGUAUAUCUAGAAUCCACCACAGUUCAUCACUUCUGCUAUCAUCCCCAUCCUGCCCAAGGACAAGCAUCUUACCUGGCUGGAUACUGCAGUCGUCUUUGCUGCUCCCCUUGCCCCUUUGCAGCCUCCUCAAUGCAGCCAUCUGAGUGGUCUUUUUACAACAUAACAUCAGAUCACUGUUCUCCCUUGGCCAUUGAAGAGAAAAAGCCAAGGCUUCUCCAGAGGCCUUACUUGGCCUUGUCUGCUACUUGCCUCUCUCUGACAGGGCUCUACAGCAGCACCCAGGCCUCCUUGCUGCAUCUGCAGGGAUUUUCAAUGUGUGGUCCUCAGGACAGCAUCAGCACCACCUGGGAACUUAUUAGAAAUGCAGAUUCUUGGGGCUUUCCCUCCACAGAUAAACCAAAUCAGAGGCUCUAGGAGGGGUACAAUAAUUGGGUUUAACAAGGCAUCCAGGUGACUCUGAUAUACCCUAAAUUUUGGGAGCUAUUGAAUCGAGGUGUUACAGCUCAUUAUGAUGUGGAGCCGGGGAUAUGUGCUUCCAAAGUCACUAAAACAGUGGUUCUCAGACUUUAACAUAUAUGAGAAUCAACAAGAGAACUGGUUAAAACAGUUUCCUGGGAACCUGCCCCAGAGAUUAUAAUUUAGUAGGUUGGGAUGGGGCCCAUAAAUUUGUACUUCUAACAAGCUAACAAGUGACCAGGGCUGUUACUCCAGGAGAAGCACUGUCCUUAGGUCAAGUGCUUCGGCUGCAAAGCUUUGUCUGCUGGAUGUUCUUUCUCAAAUAUCCACUUAGCUCUCUCACCUCUUUCCUUUUUUUCAGUUGCCACCUUCACAAUCCAGGAUCCACCCCAUCUAAAAAUGCCACCUACCUCCCAUGUACAUGCACUUCUUUCCUCCUUUCCCUGCUUUAUUUUUGUCUUUAGCACUUAAACACCAUCUAACAAACAAGAUAUUUUACCUUUUAUUUCUCAUCUGCCUUCUCCCACUAGAAUGUAAGCUCUGAGAGGGCAGAAUUUUUUGUUUUGUUACUCCUCUACCCUCAGUGCCUCAAACAGCACUGGUUUCAAACUCAAUAAAUAUUUAUUGAAAGAGUGAAUUAUUUAAUGUUAUUCUCACAAUAGAUAUUGUUGUCCUUAUUAUGCAAAGGAUUGAAAACAAAGGCUCAGAUAGUAAAUGGCAUAGCUGGGAUUCCAACCCAGGUUUGACUUACUACACUAGCCUGUUAGUAUUUUUAACUGUGCUUUCCUUCUAGUAAGAGAGUACUAUAGAACCAUGUAUUUCACAUUUAUGAAUCAAUCUUUAACCACUCACACCACAAGUACUUAAUCAAAUCAGUGUGUCAGUAUGCAAGCAAAUAGCCACAUCCCUUUCCUUAAGCACCUGAUUCCAGUUACAAGUGUAUUGCUGGGUUACAGCUAUGAGAAGCAUACAGAAAAAAAAAAGAAACCUGAUACCAGAAGUCUACAAUAAUAAAUGAUAAUUAUGGCCUUUAAAUAAAUACAUCUCAGGAAAUCUUUGAAAAAGAUUUCAAAGUAAUUUACUUUUUACCAACAAUUAUUUUUUCCAAAUCCUUUGCAUAGAGCAAUUUUUGUUGGGGUGCAGGGAGCUAGAACCCAAGUGUUUGGAAUGCGGUGUGUGAGUUGGAGUGAGGGUUGGGUGUGUACAGCUAAAACAAAGCCAGAGUGAAAAACAAGUCCAGCAGAUUCACCAGGGAUAUGGAAAUGCUAUAAUGGCAGUCCCUUUACCUGCCACAAACAGGGCACUUGUCUGGAUGUUGGGUACACAAAGGGUACAAAUGAAACCCUGUUGUCCCCUUCAUGGAACUGAUUGGCUAGUGAAGGGUAUUUGCAGUGCUUAGUAGAACAAACAAACAAAAAAUUAGGUACAUAAAUCAUAAAUUGGGUUCGUGCUAUGAAAGAAAUGAAUGAAGUACAGAAAUAGAAGAUACAUAGGGUGGGGAGGGGGAAAUCUAGGAAAAGCUUCUGAGGGGAUGUCUUGGCUGAGACCUGUGUGGUAAUAAUGAGCCCUGUGCAGGGAGCCAGAGAAGAGCGGUCAUCCAGCAGAGGAAAGGCAGCACACAGAUGCCCAGGGGAGAGCAGACUGGUGUGUUCCAGGAACCGAAAGCAGGAAGACUGGGUGGGAAAGAGAGGCUUGAGUGCCUUAAAGAGAUUAGCUGAGCACGGUCACAUGAGGACCUCAGAGCUACGAUACAGAAGACAGCAUAAAAUAGAAGAUGCUGGUAUACCAUAUAUAACUGAAAAAAAAGAAGAAAUCAAUGAUGAAAAAAAACCUGGAAAAAGUAUACAACAUUCAAAACCAUGUGUCAGGAGAGGACGUGUCUGUUAUGCUAAGUUCAUUAACACAAAUGCAAGAACAUGCAAUGAACCAGUUCCUUACAUGGAUCCCAAAAAUGAGCCAGAAAAUCAGGGUGACUGGUGGUCACAUGGUAAAGGACUAGAAAAUCCCUUCCAACCACCUUAUGACACUAAGAGCACCCAAAGGAGCGACUUUCAAAAACCAGCAUGUCCAUUGGUUUCACCAGUCAAACAUAGCAAGUUACAAAAGCCUUCUUAUGGAAUAGUUCCACUUGCCUCUCUUGAUACAUCAGCAGAAUGUCAAAAGAAUUUUAUAGAACGCAUCUCUUUUAUACACCAAUAUGACGCCAGGAAAACACCCAAUGAGCCCAUCCGGGGAAAGCGACAUGGAGUUUUUGUGCAGACAGAGAUAAAACCAGGGAGUAGGCCAAUAGUUCCUAAGAGAACAGAGGUAUUACUGAAUGCUCCAGGGCUGUGCUCAUCAGAAUGGUCCCAAAAAACAGAGAAAGGAAACUCAGCGGAAAGCAAAAUGAUCUCACCCGGUCUCUGCCGACAAAAUUCCCAGGAGUUGUUAGAGACUAAAACUCACUUAUCAGAAACAGACGUCAGAGAGGCAGCCAAUGCAUGCCCCAGGAGUCCUGAGAGACGGGAGAAGAUUGCAGACCCCUAUCAAAUAACUGCAGUAAAUGCUCUUCUCACCAGCCAUGCCCCUUUAAAUCCACCAGGAAAAUGUCAGGAUAAAUCGGGGUAAAUCACCUUCUUUAUAUAAAAACGUAAUCCUUGGAAUGUAGAGAAAUUUCAGAAUCAUCAUACAGACCUGCACAUUCGCUUUUUCUGUUAUCGAUAAUCUCAAAAAGUUACAAUUUACAUAGAUGGGAAAAUGAAAAAAAGACAAUAAAAUACACCAAAAUUUAAGUGUGGUCUCCAAUGAGUGAUGGAUAUGAAACAUAUUUCUAGGUCUUAAUAUUUAUACAUAUAACAACUUUGUUUUGCACAACACUGGAGGUAAUUAAAUAUUAUAAAACUUUUAGUGGAGAGGCCCCAUUAGGUAAGUCAUUAGUCCUGGCACUAGAAUCAAACUGGGGUUGGAAUUUUGGCUCCACCACAUUUAAGUUGUGUGACCUUGGAUAAAUUACUUAACUCUCUGUUCAGUUUCCUGAUCUAUAAAACUAGGAUAAGAGUAACUUCAUAAGGAUAUUUCGCAUGAGAUCAUGCACAUUGAUCAUCAAUGUGAUCAUAUCACUAUGACUAUAAUUAAAAUUUCAAUUUAAGGAUAAUAUUCUCCUCUAAACUUGAAUUUUCCUCCUUAGUCUAAACCUUUGAACCCUUCUAUAUACAAUUAAGAGUGUGAAAACUAAACACAUUUCUCUCAGUGCAAGGUAUACACCACACACAUACGCACACACACACAAUUUAAAGGCAUGUGUACCUAGAAUAUAAAAACAUCUCCUAAGUUGCUAAAAAUUUCCUAAAUUGUUUUCUAUUUUACUUAAAUUAUUUCCAGCACUGACUCAACCAUACCAUAUCAAAGUGUGGUAUGGCUAAUUCUACCAGUUAUUCUAUUUGGUACACUUUGCCAAAAAUGUAUCUACUCUAAGCUGUGCUAUGUUGCACACAGUGGAAGUAGGUGAAAUAUUCCUCUGCUGCCCCAAAGAGUAUUUAUGUGCCCAACAAAUUUCCAUGAGAACAUAGAAGCUGUUCACUGUUAUCUGUAGAACUGGUAAGACUACUGGUGUAUCUUUAUUUCUUCACUAAAGACAUUUUAAUAAUCUGUAAACAAAUGGAUGCCAUUAUUAAAUAUUUGUGUUUGGGGGACCUCAGGUUCUAACAGCAUGGCAGAUUAAGGCAAAUAAUGAACCCCUUUCAUUACCAACACCCUGCAAUGCUGAAUAAAAUGGAGCAAUAAACAGAUUUAUAGCCCAGCUCACAAAACAGAGAAACCCUCACUUCCCAAAUAGAGAACUUGCUUGAAAAUCUUUCUUUGUCAACACAAGUAGACAACCUCAUCAUUUUUUUAUUGAAGUAUUUGAUUUACAAUGUUGUUUAGUUUCUGUGUACAGCAAAGUGAUUCAGCCAUCUAUAUAUGCACAUAUUCUUUUUCGUAUUCUUUUCCAUUAUGGUUUAUUACAGGGUAUUGAAUAUAGUUCCCUAUUCAACAUAGCAGGACCUUGUUCUUUAUCAAUUUUAUAUAUAAUAGUUUGUAUCUGCUAAUCUCGAACUCCUGAUUUAUCCCUCUCCGCCCCCUUUCCCCAUUUGGUAACCAUAAUUUAGUUUUCUCUGUAUGUCUGUUUCUGUUUCUGAAAUAUCAGACACAACUUAGAAUAGAUUUACAAGGAGAUCCUGCUAAAUAGCAUUGAGAACUAUGUCUAGAUACUCAUGUUGCAACAGAAGAAAGGGUGGGGGAAAAACUGUAAUUGUAAUGUAUACAUGUAAGGAUAACCUGACCCCCUUGCUGUACAGUGGGAAAAUAAAAAAAAUAAAAUAAAAUAAAAUAAAAUGAAAUAAGUUAAUCUGUGGACUCUUUCAUUAUUUUUAACAGUGGCAUAAUCUACUAUAGUAUAGAUAUGGUAUAUCAUUGGAGCAGUAAGUAUGUAAGCUUUGGUACAUUAGGGGAAGGGAGUAGAACUUUUAGCAGAUUUGGGGAGAGGUCUUACAGGCUAGGGACUUGAAAAAGAUUCUUUUAAAAGUAUUUAUUUUUUGGAGUUCCUGUGGUGGUGCAGCGGAAACGAAUCCGACUAGGAACCAUGAGGUUGCGGAUUUGAUCCCUGGCCUCAUUCAGAGG